UUGUGCCCGGGCCCGCGCAGCGCUGGGUUCCGAGGCGGGUGUUCGGGACAGCCUGCCGCGGAUUGGCUGUUGUCUCUGCCAACUUGUAAACUCCGUCGCUGAUUGGUGCGUAUUGUGCACUCCUGUUUUUUUGGGUUUUUUUCCCUUUACCGUUCCAGCCUGGACCGCUGCAAUCCAGCGAUCAAGUCAAGUCUUCAGCUCUGUGAGUCCGUUGGCCAAGGAUGUCUCCCCAGCUGUUUGAAUUCCACCUGCCCUUAGCCCCAGAGGAGUUGUUGAAGAGCAGAGGGGUGAAUCAGUAUGUGGUGCAAGAGGUACUGCCUGUCAGACAGCUUCCGGCACAGCUCAGAGAGUUUCAGUCUGCCUUCCGAGCACAGGGGCCCCUGGCGGUCCUGGAACACUUCGAUACCAUCUAUAGCAUUUUACAUCACUUUCGAAGUGUAGAUGCUGACCUGAAGGAGGAUACUCUGGAGCUCCUGAUGAAAGUGGUGUCCCGCCACUCCCAGGAGCUUCCAGCCGUCUUGGAUGAUGCCUCUUUGAGUCAAUCAGAUCGCAGCAGCCAUCUGAACGCCCUGAAAAUGAACUGCUAUGCUCUGAUCCGCUUUCUGGAGUCUUUUGAGACCAUGGCCAGCCAGACAAACCUCAUGGACCUGGAGCUUGGUGGGAAGGGUAAGAAAGCCCGGAACAAGGCAGCCCAAGGCUUUGACUGGGAGGAGGAGAGACAACCUGUUCUUCAGCUUCUAACACAGCUGCUUCAGUUAGAUAUCCGUCACCUGUGGAAUCACUCAAUAAUCGAAGAGGAGUUUGUCAGUUUGGUCACUGGCUGUUGCUACCGCCUCCUAGAGAACCCCACCAUCAGUCACCAGAAGAACCGGGCCACCCGGGAAGCCAUCACACAUCUGCUCGGUGUGGCCCUGACACGUUAUAACCAUAUGCUCAGUGCCACAGUGAAGAUCAUCCAGCUGCUGCAGCACUUUGAGCACCUGGCACCCGUCCUGGUGUCAGCUGUGAGCCUGUGGGCAACAGAUUAUGGAAUGAAGAGCAUAGUGGGAGAGAUUGUAAGGGAGAUUGGACAGAAAUGUCCCCAGGAGCUGAGUCGGGACCCUGCAGCGACAAAGGGCUUCGCAGCCUUCCUGACUGAGCUCGCAGAACGCGUCCCAGCUGUCCUCAUGUCCAGCAUGUGCAUCUUGCUAGAUCAUCUGGAUGGAGAGAAUUACGUGAUGCGCAAUGCUGUGCUCGUAGCCAUGGCCGAGAUAGUCCUGCAGGUUCUGAAUGGCGAUCAGCUGGAAGAAGCAGCCCGAGAAACCAGGGACCAGUUCUUGGACACGCUGCAAGCCCACGGCCAUGACGUCAACUCCUUUGUGCGGAGCCGCGUUUUGCAGUUGUUCACCCGGAUUGUGCAGCAGAAGGCCCUGCCCCUGAACCGUUUCCAGGCUGUGGUGGCCUUAGCAGUGGGGCGUCUGUCAGACAAGUCAGUGCUAGUGUGCAAAAGUACCAUCCAGCUGCUGGCCAGUUUUCUAGCCAAUAAUCCCUUUUCCUGCAAGCUUAGUGAUACCGACCUGGCUGGACCACUGCAGAAGGAGACCCAGAAAUUACAAGAGAUGAGAGCCCAGAGGCGCGCUGUGGCUGCUGCUGUGGUGUUAGACCCCGAAGAGGAGUGGGAGGCCAUGCUACCGGAGGUGAAGUGCACCCUAAAACAGCUUCUUGAGCUUCCCCCGGAGGAAGAGGAGGCGGCUGCUGAGCAAGUUGCCAGCACUGAGACUGCUGAAGAGGUGGAGAGACGCAUCCAGCAGUUGCUCACCAAAGCCAGUUACAAGCAGGCUAUCCUCCUCGCUCGUGAAGCCAUGGGCCGCUUCCCCGAGUCGGGGCCCUUCAGUCGUGUGGAGCCGGACGAUGCUGAGGAGACCAGGGUCCUGAAUCUCUUGUCACUUAUCUUCAAAGGCCCUGCAACUUGCAAACAGAAGACUCCCCAGGCACCUGCAGGGAACGCAGUCGCAGGGCAGCCCGAGUGCACAGAUGAGCCGCGUGCCCCUGAGCCGGAGCAACCAACCCGGGCAGACGAUGAACUGGUGAAGCAGGAGAUGCUGGUGCAGUACCUGCAGGACGCCUACAGCUUCUCCCGGAAGAUCACGGAGGCCAUCGGCGUCAUCAGCAAGAUGAUGUACGAGAACACGAGCACAGUGGUGCAGGAGGUGAUUGAAUUUUUUGUGAUGGUAUUCCAAUUUGGGGUACCCCAGGCCCUGUUUGGGGUGCGCCGCAUGCUGCCUCUCAUCUGGUCCAAGGAGCCUGGAGUCCGGGAAGCUGUGCUUAAUGCCUACCGCCAGCUCUACCUCAACACCAAAGGGGACUCUGCCAGAGCCAAGGCCCAGGCUUUGAUUCAGAACCUCUCCCUGCUGUUGGUGGAUGCCUCCGUGGGGACCAUUCAGUGUCUCGAGGAAAUCAUUUGCGAGUUUGUGCAGAAGGAUGAGUUGAAACCAGCAGUGAUCCAGCUGCUGUGGGAGCGGGCCACGGAGAAGGUACCCUGCUCUCCUGUGGAGCGCUGCUGCUCCGUCAUGCUGCUUGGCAUGAUGGCACGAGGAAAACCAGAAAUCGUGGGAAGCAACUUGGACACCCUGGUGAGCCUCGGGCUGGAGGAGAAGGUCCCCCAGGACUACCGUCUAGCCCAGCAGGUGUGCUACGCCAUCGCCAACAUCUCAGAUAGAAGGAAGCCUUCUCUGGGCAAACGUCACCCUCCCUUCCGACUGCCCCAGGAGCACCAGUUAUUUGAACGGCUGCAGCAGAUGAUCAUAAAAGGCUUCAUGUACCCGGACCCCCUCUGGAUCCCAUUCAAAGAGGUGGCAGUGGCCCUCAUUUACCAGCUGGCCGAGGGCCCCGAGGUGAUCAGCGCCCGGAUACUGCAGGGCUGUGCGAAGUUGGCCCUGGAGAAACUAGAGGAGAAAAGCUCAUCUCAGGAGGACCAGAAGGAGGCGCCCACGAUGCUCCCGACGUUGCUGUUGAUGAACCUGCUGUCCCUGGCGGGGGACGUGGCGCUGCAGCAGCUGGUCCACCUGGAACAGGCCGUGAGCGGUGAACUGUGUCGGCGCCGGCUCCUCCGGGAAGAGCAGGAGCACAAGACCAAGGAGCCGAAGGAAAAGAACACAAGCUCUGAGACCACCAUGGAGGAGGAGCUCGGGCUGGUCGGGGCAACCGCGGAUGACACGGAGGCCGAGCUCAUCCGCGGCAUCUGCGAGAUGGAGCUGUUGGAUGGCAAGCAGGUGCUGGCUGCCUUCGUCCCGCUUCUGCUCAAAGUCUGCAACAACCCUGGCCUCUACAGCAACCCAGACCUCAUUGCGGCUGCUUCGCUGGCGCUCGGCAAGUUCUGUAUGAUCAGUGCCACUUUCUGUGACUCCCAGCUUCGCCUUCUGUUCACCAUGCUGGAAAAAUCCCCACUCCCCACCGUCCGGUCCAAUCUCAUGGUUGCCACAGGAGAUCUGGCCAUCCGCUUUCCCAACCUGGUGGACCCCUGGACCCCACAUCUGUACGCUCGUCUGCGGGACCCAGCCCGGCAAGUACGCAGAACAGCUGGGCUGGUGAUGACGCACUUGAUCCUGAAGGACAUGGUGAAGGUGAAGGGCCAGGUGAGCGAGAUGGCUGUGCUGCUCAUCGACCCCGAGCCGGAGAUUGCUGCCCUGGCCAAGAACUUCUUCAAUGAACUUUCACACAAGGGCAACGCAAUCUAUAACCUGCUCCCGGAUAUCAUCAGCCGCCUGUCAGACCCCGAGGGCGGGGUGGAGGAGGAGCCGUUCCACACCAUCCUCAAGCAGCUGCUAUCCUACAUCACCAAGGACAAGCAGACCGAGAGCCUGGUGGAGAAGCUGUGCCAGCGCUUCCGCACAGCCCGGACGGAGCGGCAGCACCGGGACCUGGCCUACUGUGUGACCCAGCUGCCCCUCACAGAGCGAGGCCUCCGCAAGAUGCUUGACAAUUUCGACUGCUUUGGCGAUAAACUGUCCGAGGAGUCCAUCUUCAAUGCCUUCUUGUCAGUCGUGGGCAAACUGCGGCGCGGGGCCAAGCCCGAGGGCAAGGCGACAAUAGAUGAAUUUGAGCAGAAGCUUCGGGCCUGCCACACCAGAGGCUUGGAUGCUGUAGAAGAGCUCGAGCUGGGCCAAGGGGGCAGCCAGAGAGCUCUAUCAGCCAAGAAACACGGGCCAGGCCCGAGACCCCAGCCUCCUGCAGCCCCCGACAGUGACUUCAUCACACCCGUGUCCCGCCGCACCACCCGCCGGCAGCCCAACACUCAGCAGCGAGCUUUCAAAAAGAAACCCAAAGUGGUCUUCUCCAGCGACGAGGAGUCCAGCGAGGAUGAGCUGUCAGCAGAGAUGACGGAAGACGAGACGCCCAAGAAGACGACCCCCCUGCGCCGACCCACAGCACGCAGGCCCAGGUCCUAGGAGCCGGCC